GCAAUAACGCAAAGUGCCCACCAGCGUGCCCUUUCUCUUCCUUCCAAAUUCUCUCUUCCAUCUUUUCCGACCAUCAAAAAUAACGGCCGGAUCCACAGAAGAUCCGAUGACCCGACCCAUACCACCCCACACUUCUCUCUCUUCGCACGCUCUCUAUUUUCUCAACUCUCACCUGAGCUCCAAAGAAGACCUCGAUUCCGCCCCGAAUCUACUAUCGGAGCUCCGAAUCCAAUCCGACGCCCUUGAUCGGACACUUGCCGGACUCAACGAAGAGCUCCGGUCUCAAUUGACCCGCCACUCUUCAUUCUCGAACCGAAUCGGGUCGCUAUUCUCCAAUAUCCAUGCUCAGUUGGAAGAUCUCCAUCACUCCUCCGCUCGCCCUCAAUCAGAUGGAGGAUUGGAGAGAGGGAUGGGGGUUGAGUUGCAGGCGUUGGCGAAGGAAGUUGCCAGAGUAGAAACUGUGAGAAAUUAUGCAGAGACGGCAUUGAAGCUCGAUACAUUGGUUGGUGAUGUUGAAGAUGCUGUAUCUUCCACUAUGACCAGAACAUUGAGGAAGCAUCCAACCUCAAAAGAUUUAGAAGAUAUGCGUGCAGUUGCUCUAAAAACACUUAAAUCAACAGAAGACGUACUUAGUUCGGUUAGAAAGAAGUAUCCUCAAUGGGCUCGACUCAUUUCAGCUGUUGACCACAGAAUUGACCGAGCAUUAGCAAUUCUAAGACCGCAAGCUAUUGCCGAUCACCGCACCCUUCUUACGUCUCUUGGGUGGCCCCCACCUCUCUCGACUUUAAGUUCAUCAAAUCCAGACAUGAAAGGGUCAGCCCCCGUACAAAACCCUCUCUUCACAAUGCAAGGAGACUUCAAACUCCAGUACUGCGAAAGUUUUCUUGCAUUAUGCGGUCUCCAAGAAUUACAGAGAAAAAGAAAAACCCGCCAACUCGAGGGUCAGUAUAAGGAUGUUUUUCUUCAUCAACCGCUUUGGGUUAUCGAAGAGCUUGUGAACCCUAUAUCAAUUGCAUCUCAGCGUCAUUUCUCGAAGUGGAUUGAAAAGCCAGAGUACAUUUUCGCCCUAGUGUAUAAGAUCACCCGAGACUACGUUGACUCGAUGGACGAUUUAUUACAGCCACUCGUGGAUGAAGCAAUGCUGUCUGGUUACAGCUGCAGAGAGGAAUGGAUAUCGGCAAUGGUGUCUUCACUGUCGACUUACCUAGCGAAAGAAAUAUUCCCGAUAUAUAUAAAUCAGCUCGAAGAAGAAGGGAGUGAUAAUGCAAUCCAGGCACAGGCUAGGAUAUCCUGGCUAAAUCUGAUAGAUUUGAUGAUUGCGUUUGAUAAGCGAGUUCAGUCUCUUGCAGCACAUUCAGGUGUGACUCUUUCCCUCCAAGAAGAUGGGAACAUGCAGAAGAUGUCUUCAUUCGCUGUGUUUUGCGAUCGGCCCGAUUGGCUUGACUUGUGGUCUGAAAUUGAGCUCAACGACGCACUUUAUAAAUUAAAUGCUCAGAUUGAAGACGAUCGGAAUUGGAUAAUUGCGGGCCAGAAAGAUUCGGUUUUUUCUGGUCAGGAAGAGAACAAAUCUCCUACGAUAUCAAGUGCUGUUCUUAAGCGUCUCUCUUCUGUUAUUGAUCGAUGUCGAUCGGUCCCCAGCAUAUCUUUGAGGUCGAAGUUCGUCAAGUCGACAGGUGGACCAAUCAUACACAAGUUUUUAGGGUCUUUGAGGCAAAGGUGUCAAGAAGCUGAGGGGCUCACUGCACUUACAGACGAUAGUGCCCUAACUAAAGUUGCCAACUCCAUUAACGGUGCUCACUGCUUCGAAACUGCUUUGGUGGAGUUUUGCGAGGACGUCUUCUUUCUCGAGAUGGGAUUGGACCAGUCUGGUAAUUUGGUGACAGACGGUGAUUUUAGUGCUGUGAGCAACGGUGUUUUUCACGAGGAAUUAAAAAAUUUCGAGGAGUUCAGAACUGAAUGGGUUGAGAAGCUGUCGACUGUCGUGUUAAGAGGUUUCGAUUCUCUUUGCAGAGGUUAUAUCAAGAACAAGAAACAAUGGCAGGAAAAGAGUGAAGAAGCGUUAACACUGUCGCCAUCUUUCAUAGAAGCAAUGGAUUAUUUGCAGGGGAAAUUGUCGGUACUGGAAAAGGGGUUGAACAAAGUCGAUUUUACGAGGGUGUGGAGAAGUUUGGCCUUCGGGGUGGAUAAAUUUAUUUUCUCUAAUAUAUUUAUGGCGAAUCUGAAGUUUCACGAUGGUGGAGUCGAGAGGCUUUGUAAUGACCUGACGGUUCUUUUUGCGGUAUUUGGAGCUUGGUGUUUGAGACCCGAAGGUUUCUUUCCGAAAGUCAACGACGGUUUGAAGCUGUUGAGAAAUGCGAAGAAACAGUUGAAGAAUACGUUGAUUGCCGACGAAAGAUGGUUGAGAGACAAUGGGAUUAGACAUUUAAGCGCUUCUGAGGUAGAAAAGAUUAUGAAGAACAGAGUAUUCACCACUUGAAUGUUUUUCAAUCUCUCUUCUCUCUCGAUCGCUCCUUCUCUCUCUCUCUAUAUAUAUAUAUAUAUGCGUGACGAAGAAGCCGGAGGGCUCUCUUUUCAACUAACUUUUCACUGUAGUUAAAUGUUUUUUUUUUUCUACAUUGUAGAACGUUUUGCAGUUGUGCACAUGUUAAUGUUUUGUCUAUUGUAUUGCAGAGGAUAGAAAUUAAAUUGGAAUAUGAGAUAUUCAAUUUAGUUUACAU